AUUAGAAGUGAAUAUGCACAUAUAAUAAAAGCACUUCGCGAAAAAAAUUAUUUUAUUCUUCUUUAAACGAUCUCAGCAGAUAAUUAAUUACAAGUCUUAUUAUUGUUUAAGUUUACAAAACUUUUUUUACCUUGUUAUUACCAUUCUGCAAUAUUACCAUUCUGUAUUUUAAAUUGUUUUGCAAUAUUUUAAGUCAUAUUUAAACAUUAUUAGUUUAUUAUUCUCAAUUAACGCAUUAACAGGAAAGAAAGAUAAAACUGCCAAAAACAAAACAAAUAAAACACUGAAAUUUAUUAUUUUCAUUUGAUGUUAAUGAUUGAUAUUUUAAAGGAUUUGUUGAUUAUUUAGAAUAAACUGAAAAUUAUCGUUGCAGAUAGUUGGUUUUAUUUAUAUUUAAGAGUUAAAAAUAUGGCUAAUACUACUACAAUUUUGAACCAACCUUUAACUGAGAUAUUUUUUUCCGUAAUUGGAUUGAGUUUUAUGGCAUUCUUUGUUACGUGUAUUAGUUUGUAUUGUUUAAUUAUCACGUACAAAAAUCGAAAACUGCAUACGCCCUCCAAUGUUGCUAUUUGCAGUAUAAUUUUAGCACAUUUAAUUCAAGGAGUUUUUGUUAUUCCUCUGUACGCAUUAAAACGAAGUAAUGUCCGCAUAUUAUUCUUGACUUGUGACACGUUUAGGUUUACUUACAUGUUAACAAACUAUGCUGCAUGUUUAAGCUUGCUCGUGGUGACAUUUGACCGUUACUUGCUAAUGAAAAUUCCUUUAAAAUACCGGAUUAACGUAACUUUAAAACGAACCUAUGUUCUCUUAUUGGGCACAUGGACAUAUACGCUGAUAUUAUGUUUAAUACCUUUUUCAAAUAAUAAAAACCAAUCAGGUUGUUUGUAUAACCCAACAAAUAUAUGGACAACAUCUAUGCUGAUUAGCAACAGAUGUGUUCCAUUGAUCUUUUCUAUUAUAAUUUAUAUGAUGAUAUUUAAAAAAUCCAGAGCGAUGCGUAAGGAUCAAACAGUUAACGAUAAUCAGAAGUGCUUUUAUAUAAACAAAUCUAAUCGAGUGUUUUUGAUUAUAACCUGUUUUUUAAUAUGUUGGGGUCCUAGUGUUGUAUAUUAUUUGCUAGAAUCUUUAUGUUACAGAAGUUGCUUCAACAAAAACUAUCAUGAAAAUCUAAGUGAGAAUUACGUCAAACUAGUUAUAAAAAUGAUGACGUUUAUGGAUGGUAUUUUUGCACCUUUGUUUUACUGCAUUGGAAAUCGCAGCUUUCAAAAAGCUUCCGAUGAGUCUAAAAAAAAGUUAAAAUUCACUUUCGGAAAUUGGAUACACUUUUAAUACUUUGAUUAUGCAUUGAUGCGUUACAAAUAUCAAAAUUUAAAAUUAACUCGUUUUUGAAAAUGAAGAAAAAAAUUAUAAAUAACCAAGUUCAUUUGUUUUAGUAAUUGAUCUGCAAAGCCAUUUAUUU